CGGCAGGUGGGCUUCAUUCACUCACGUGAUUUCCCGCCUUCAACAGGUGAAUAUAGUCUCUCUCUCUCUCCAGUCGCCGGUUCGUUUAAAAAUUCAGAUAGUCUCCAACACGCGUGCAACUCAGUUUCAACAUUCCAAUCGCUCCACCAAAUAUAAAUCAGCGGGGUAUAAUAUAUAAGAGUUAAAAUGGCGAGACCACAAAAUCAUUUCCUCAUUGGUCUCCUAGUCUCAGCAGCCGCCUACCUGUUAUUGCAGGUUGAUGGUGCGGAUUUACGAGAGUUAAAAGUCCAAUGUUCACGCUCGGGUCUUACGGUCCAUGUCAAAUUCGAUGGUCCCUUCUACGGGAUUGUCUACUCGCAGAAUUAUUACCAAGUGCCUCAGUGCACUUAUGUGACGUCGGACAACAGCCAGGGCCGCACCUCUUUCAGUUUUAACGUGCCACAAAAAGGUUGCGGAACCGUCAGCCAAUCGGGUUACAAGAAAUCCAACAAUGUCAACACGUUCCAGCGAUCGUUGGACGUCCAGCCGGCAACAGCAGCACAUCAGCUCGAAAACGAGGAAAUUUCAUUGGAGAAUACCAUCGUUAUCCAGCACGAUCCCGACUUUCAAGAGGCCGGAGAUACGGCCCGCCGUCUACGUUGCGUUUGGGGCGCCCAUUCGCUACAGAAAUCCGUCAACGCCAAAAUGCCUGAAGUCUACCAACCCUCGACGAUUACGGUAAAGUACGAUUACCGGACCGUAAACCAGCUGGUGGAGGUCCAAUCGGACAGACGUGGACCACUUAGCUUACCGGCCAGAGGUUUCAUUAGCAGUUCACCGGCCCAUUCAUCGCUUGUCAUUUACUUGAAAAAUUCAGGUCAGCGAUUCGAUGCCAAUGUCCUGUCGUGCACUUAUUCCGAUGGCCACAAGGGUGAAACUAUCCAAUUGACGGAUGAAGAAGGAUGUUCACUCCGUCCCGAUUUGACGACCGUCUUUUACAAACUCAAAGAAACUACCAAUCCCAAUACUGAUUUAACCCUCUACACUUACUUCAGGGGAUUGAAAGCGCUCCGUGAAAGUUAUUUCUCCAUUACCUGCAAUGUGGAGAUUUGUUUCCCUCGAUGCAGCGAACGUUGCCGCAACCGUCUUGCCUAAAACUCAUAUUCUAUCUUUUCUUUUUUUAAAUUAAAAAUUAUUAAGGCGUGAAUGCUGUGCGUGAACGGUUGCUGCUUGCUUGUGCCCCAUCAUCAUUGGAAGAAAAAAUAAUCAAGUUACAACAGCUAAUUAUUAGUACACCAAAUAGUACAUUUGUAGUAAUUAACAUAAGAAAAGGUCAAGCUGGAUUUGGCUUUCUUAAAAAACAUGUGGCAAAAAAUUAACACUAUUAAACACCUUCUUUAAUUAUAUUCAUCUUUUUAAAAAAAUUGCUUUUUUUUGUCAAACUGAUUUGCAUUUUUAUGUUUUUUUUCCCCCCACCGAGUUUGACAUCGUUUUAGCAUAUCUAUCGGCCUAUUUGCUUAUUAUGUAUUAAAAAUGAAUCGAAAAUACAUUACCCAUGUUUUGAAAUAA